AUGGCGUUCUCUGGCGCACUCACGCUGACGGAUCUCAAUGACUACCUCGGACCGUCGCAGGCCUGCAUCAAACCGGUCGAAGGCGCCGAUGCCCCAUCACAGGAUCAGCCCGACUCGUCCACACAGCCACUCGAUCCAGCCGCGUCAGCAUCCACACAGAUUGCGAUCGAUCAUGACGGCUCCUACUACGAGUCGUCCUCGGCAUCAGCAGCGGGCGCAUCUGCAGCGGGGGAAUCCAGCAAACCUCGGCAGAGGACCAAGCUCGAGACGGCAGAGAUCUCGCUCAACGACUGCUUGGCGUGCAGCGGAUGCGUGACGAGCGCAGAGAGCGUUCUGAUCACGAUGCAGAGUCAGGAAGAGAUGCGCAGAGCCAUUGAUGAAAUCAAGCAGUCCAACGAGCCCAAGCUGCUCGUCGCUUCCAUCAGCACACAGUCGCUCGCUUCGCUAUCCGCCAAGUAUACCUUCCAGCAGCAACAGCAACAGUCCGGAUCAUCGACAGCUCCUUCCACCCUACCUCUUCGUGUCCUGCUUCUUCGCAUCUCGCAUUUCCUCAAGACCGUGUUCGACUUUGAUCAUGUCUACGACACCACGUUCGCCCGCCACAUCGCCCUCAAGGAGCACGAACGAGAGUUCUUCCAGCGUCGCGACAACUCUCGCAAACGUGCAAAACUCAGCAGUGCCGUCGGCAACGACGACACGCAAACAGAUGGCGCGACACUGCCAAUGCUCGCGAGCGCCUGUCCCGGUUGGAUUUGCUAUGCCGAAAAGACACACGGCGAACUCCUUCCGUACGUCUCGACCACGAAGUCGCCACAGCAAGUAGCAGGUGUCAUUGCCAAGCGCUUCCUUCCAGAGCGACUAGGAUUGCUCGCUGGGUCUGGAACAACAGACCCUUCUCCCUCAAAAGGACCCACCAUCUACCACGUCACAGUCAUGCCCUGCUACGACAAGAAGCUUGAAGCGUCUCGACCCGACUUCUAUGACGACGUGACCAGCACCAAGGAGGUGGAUUGCGUGUUGACCACUGGCGAGCUCGACAAGCUCAUGCUGGACGAAGGUUUCGACAUCUGUGCUGCCGUACCUGGAGAGCAAGAAGCGAUGCAGCAAUCUCUAGCCGACCUCAGUCUACAGCAAGCGCUCACAUCUCGUGCCACCGACGGCGCCGACGCAGUCUCGAUCUUGCCGCACUUUCCGCAAUUGCUCGAUCAGCCGGGCAGCAGCAGCGGCGGCUACCUGUUUGCGCUUAUGCGCGCGGUGUGGCUUGACUGGAUCUCGGAGAAUUGGCAUCGGUUCCCGGAGUCGGUGCGAGACCAAGGCGUGCUACCAAAGCUCGACGUGCGCAUCAUCCGUACCGCUGACUUUACCGAGUACAUCCUCCGUGCGCCGAUGCAGCUUGGCCUGUCCGAUGACAAUUCGUCAUCUACGAUCUUGUUCAGAGGCGCACAGUGUUAUGGCUUCCGCAAUCUGCAGAAUCUGGUACGCAAGCUGCAAAAGCAGACGGGAGCACGCAACACGCGAGGUGCAGCAGGCAGGUUGGUCGACGCGGAUGGCAACGCAGUGGGCGCUGGUGGUCGCAACAGGGCAGGUGCGGCCAGAGCGAGGGCGCGAGGGCGUGGCGGCAUGGUGAGGAGAGGUCGAGGUGGAGCGACAGCAGCAGCGGCGGGAUCAGCCGUCGUAAGCAAGAGCAGUCCCCUGAAUCCCGAGGCGGACAUCGUCCCGGCUCAGAUCACCGCGGCGCAAGAGGAGGAAGAACGAGGAUACGACUAUGUCGAAGUCAUGGCCUGCCCCUCGGGUUGUGUCAAUGGCGGUGGGCAGAUCCGCCCCCCAACACAGAUCGAAGUCGACGCAGCUCCCACACACAUCGCAAGUGGCAGCACCGACCCUGAAGGUUACGCAAAGGGAGGCUGGGCAGCAGACCAAAGCGGCAGGCUGACCGAGCACGAUGGCCUUGAGGACCUGCUCAGCAACAAGGCCUGCUCUAGAAAGAAUGCCGUGGAGAACGACAGCGAAGGCGCCGAGAUGGAAGAUGGAACCAAGGAGAAGGAGAUCACAGGCUGGAAGGGCACGAGCAAGGAAUGGGUGCGACGAGUAGAGGAGGCCUACUGGCAGGGCUCGAGAGUUGCAUACACGCCAGUCGCUGUCGCUGUCAAUGGCGCUGGUGGUGUGGCGAGCGAUUCUGGUGCUUCGUCGCCUACUCUCGUCGGCAGUGGUGCCAAUACGCCCCUGUCGAGCAGCAACGCCAAGUCGAUCCGCGUCGAGGAUCACCAGAGGCUGCUCGAGUCGCUCGCGUUCUCAGAAGAGUCGAAGCGGACCGCAGAUGCCGCUUCGUUGGGCGGCGCGGACAAGGUCGGUGCCGACUCGAUGGCAUAUGCGGACGUCUUGGCCGAUUUGGUCGUCAAGGAGCUUUGUGUUCUCGCAGCUCCGAGCGACGACGCUACAGCUCUGGACAAGGCAAGGAACGGGCUGUUCCGAACGCAGUACCGAGCGGUCCAAGACGAGGCGGUCAACGGCCUCGGAGUUCAGUGGUAG